UGUCAACUGAUGCUCACGACUAGCAAGCUUUUUCGCCUGAAAUCUAGUUCUUCAGAAAUUCGUGCUCAAUUCCGGACAAGUCUAAACCUCGUCUCACCGCAGACUGACAGACGGACGCUCUGGGAUCACCUCCUUCCUUUGAGACUGAGGUCUUAGUGGGCAAGGAAGGAAGGAAGGAGUUUAGCUUAUCGAAACUCCUGAGCGGCCCUUACUUCUCGAGACGCGAAAAGCGCAGGGUCAUCGUGAACCUCCCACCUUUCUAUCCUUCUUGCCGUGGCUCGUAGCUCACAGCAACAAAAGUCGAGGGAACAAUGGCAGUCACAACAACAACAACAGAUGCUACUACUACAGAAACAGCGCCCCUGCCGAUCCUGAUCGCCGGCGCCGGCCUGGCAUCGCUGCUCCUCGCGCAGGCCCUCCGCGGAGCCGGGAUCCCGUUCCUGAUCUACGAGCGCGACGCGUCCGUUUCGUUCCGCGCCCAGGGCUACCGGCUGCGGCUGUCGAGGGAGGGGCUCGCCGCCAUCGAGUCCGUCCUGGAGCCCGAGCACUGGAAGUUGUUCUGGGAUACCUGUGGCAAGACGAACGCUCCCAAGGGGGCCAAGGCGGCCGGGUUCACGGUCAUCGACGCCCUCACGGGUGAGGAGCUGCCUUCCCUGGAUGUUGGUGGUGGUGGUGGGGAACCGGGAUCCGUCACCGGCGCGGCGUCGGGUUCCGAGACAGACUCCUCGGCGGCAACAACACCACCAUCCGGCAACAAGAGCAGUGGGGAGAUUCUGCUGUCGCGCGACGGCAAGAUCGUGGGGAUAUCCCGCGGCGACAUGCGCCGGCUCUUCAUGCAGGGCUGCGAGACCAACAUCCAGUGGUCACACACGGUCACGGGGUACGAGCACUCGACCUCACCUGCUGGGACUACUGCUGGAGUGCGCGCCAUCUUUGCCGACGGAACCAGGUCCGUCCUGGGCAGCAUGCUGAUCGGCGGCGAGGGCAUCUACUCCAAGACGGCGAAGCAGGUAUCCGGCGGCAGGCUCAAGGUGUACGACACGGGGGCCCGGGGCAUCCACGGGCAGGCGCCGACCACGGCGUUCAAGUCCCUGGGCGAGGGCGUGUGGGCGCUCCGGGACGAGUCGCACCCGAAAGGCGGUGUCUUCAUGAUCACCAACGUGCGCGCGGGAGACAUGGACGACCCGAGCCUCAACUUUGGCUGGACCAUGGGCGCGGUCCCGGGGGUCAUCAACCCGCCCGGCGACAACUUCUCCGUCAUCGGCCAGCCCGCGGCCGACGUGGCCCGGGACCUCGCGAAGAACUGGCACCCAAGGGUGCGGCCGCUCGUGGACCAGAUGAUCGACUCCGAGGCCGCGUUCUGGAAAAUCACCUGCUCGACGCCCUCGGGGGUCCCCGAGUGGGAGAAUGACGAGCGGGUCACUGUCAUCGGGGACGCGGUGCACAGCAUGACCCCUGCUGGGGGAAACGGCGCCAACACCGCGCUGAGGGACUCUGCGCUGCUGGGCGGCAUGAUAGCCAAGGCCGGCGGCUGGAGGCAGGGCUUGACGAGGGAGUAUGAGGAGAUCAUGAGGGUCUACGGGAGCGAGGAGGUCCACAAGAGCUAUUCGAGUGCCGCGAAGCAGUGGGGCGUCAAUAUUGACGAGCAUAGUCUUCAGGUGGGUUAGGAAAGGUUAUAGAGUGUGUGUCGGCGUAUAGAGAGGAACCCUGGGCCUUGCAAGCAGCAUGCAUAAGCUGUUGUGACUAUCAAGCCGGGAUUGAGCCACUGGAACACCUAGGGCAUGCAUGGUCCCAUAUUGUCUAUCCUCCAGUUUGGCUUCAUUUUCGCGUAUGACCGACUUGAUAGCUUAACCCCUCACUCAGAGGCUUCCAUACCCUGUUCAUCGGAGUCUUGCCCGGGCUGACGGUGGCUAGCACAGGCUGGGAAUAGACUCUACCUAGGUACGAGCAAGCUAGAGCCCAAGGCAUAGAGAGUUCUGGCUGCU